CCGGUCCGAGUGCAAAGUUUCAGCCGUCUGCAGACGAGCAGCAUCGUCGGGGUAUUAAAACCGGACCGGUCCCAGUCUCGCGACACACGAGGAUCAACCCAGCGGUCGGAACGAGUCCAGUGAUGGGAUAUUAACAAGGAAGGGUGCCGUGUAUAGAGAACCCUUUGUUGUUUUGUGUUCGGAUCACGGAGAAAUCAUGGCCUGCGCGCCGAACCGGGCCCGCCUGCUCUGUAUGCUAUCGCUCACCUUCGGCUUUUUCAUCGUGGAGGUUGUGGUCAGCCGGCUCACGUCGUCCCUUGCGAUGCUGUCGGACUCUUUUCAUAUGCUGUCGGACGUGAUCGCGCUGGUCGUGGCGCUGGUAGCGGUGCGCUUCGCCGAAAAGACCGAGUCCACCAACAAGAACACGUUCGGCUGGAUCCGGGCCGAGGUGAUGGGCGCGCUGGUAAACGCCGUCUUCCUCACCGCGCUCUGUUUCACCAUCAUCCUGGAGGCCAUCGAGCGCUUUACCGGGCCCCAAGAGAUCGAGAAGCCCGUGGUGGUGAUCGGGGUGGGCGCCGCGGGGCUGCUGGUCAACCUUCUCGGGCUCUGUCUCUUUCACGGACACGGCGGAGGCGGCGGACAUGGCCAUUCCCACGGUGGACACAGCCACGGGGAACACAAAAAACACAAACAUGGAAAAGCCCGCAGGUCCGAGAAGCUGGAAGACUGUCAUUCCGCGGGAGAAGAGACCAAUAAUCUGGUCGGGAAUCACAAUUGCAGCCCAAACGGCGUUAAUCCGGAGCGGAGGACACCCGAGGUAUGUCAUAGCCACAGCCCGGAUUUGCAGAUCAACGGCAGCGCUCCGUACGAAGACCUCAGCCAGGACACCGCCUCCCAGCUCAACAUGCGCGGCGUUUUCCUGCACGUCCUGGGCGACGCUCUCGGCUCGGUGAUCGUGGUGGUCAACUCCCUCAUCUUCACCUUCGUGUGGAAGCCGUGCGAGCCCGGCGUGCCCUGUGAGAACCCUUGUGCCGGUUCACAUUGUACGGACCACUUGCUCGCCGAGAACACCAGCAGUCUGGGAACCAAUCACACAAACGUAGCAGGGCCCUGCUGGGUGCUUUAUCUAGACCCCACCCUUUGCGUCAUCAUGGUCUGCAUCCUCAUGUACACCACGUACCCACUGCUGAAGGAGUCCGCGCUCAUCCUGCUGCAGACCGUGCCCAAGCAAAUCGACAUGCAUCAGCUCAACGUCCGCCUGCGUGACCUGGAGGGCAUCCUGGCGGUGCACGAGCUGCACAUCUGGCAGCUGGCAGGCAGCCGCAUUAUCGCUACUGCCCACAUCAAAUGCCAUGACCCCACCUCCUACAUGGACGUAGCCAAGCGCAUCAAGGACUUUUUCCACAACGAGGGCAUCCACGCCACCACCAUUCAGCCAGAGUUCGUCACCAUGAACUCGGAGUCUCGCGCCUCACUCUGCGAGCUAUCCUGCAGGACGCAGUGCGCCCCGAAGCUGUGCUGCGGCGCUGUGGAUAGCACAAAGCAACUCGGCGAAGCAUCGGAGCAAAGGAAUGCCACCGAGUCCAAAACCCCAACGGCGACCUCCGUUUCUGCCACAACGUCUCUGGAGAUUAUCAGCGAGUCUGUGGAGAACACAAUCAGGCCUGAAGCUGAGGCGAUGAUCACCAGAGAUAUGGAGUCAUCUUUGUGAGACAGUUUAUUGUCUCGGUUAGGGGUGCCGUGAUAGACUUGUUUCUACUGUGCUGUGAGAAGACCUGAGCCCAAACACACUCAUUCAUGAUCACAUACACCUCACAAACAUAAAGACACUGUCAAUAGGCUGGAGAGGAAGGCCUUCUGCAUGUGUGUUUACUGCAUCGUCUGAUUGGUUUGUCCGUGCAAAAGCUUGUCUGUACACACGGCGUCAGACGCUCACUUCUUUCCUGUGGAUGUAAUGCAACAACAUGCAAUUUUAAAGUCCAGCUCUCGGACCAAGUAGAAAUGCCUGGACCAGUAUUUAUCUCAUUCUAUUGUUUCUUUUCUUAGUCGUCAUAAUAAGCCUUUCCAUUUUGUGUGAGAUGUAAUAAUUUAUGUAUUUAAGUUAUUGGAAAUGAGAUUUUUUUUCAAUAUUCUUUUUUUGGUAAUAUUCUGGUAAUUCUUUUAUUUUGCCUCUCUCAGAACGAAUGAUCUAUGCUUUAACCCAAGAGUAUUUUUACAUGUGACGGUCUUUCACCGUCUUUCACUCUUUUAGACGAUCUGUUUUAGUAGACAUCAGAAAACGUGUCAACAGUAUUUCGCCAUGCCUAUAAUUCAAACUGCUGUGUUUUAGCACUGAACCUAGUCAGUGUAGGAGCUAGACAACCCUCUAUUGUUGUUUUUAUAUGAACUGAUGCCUUUUGUGUUCUGUUGUUCUGUCAAUCAAAACAAGAGGUGAAAAUUCUGUCAAACAUUUCUAUAACUGCAGGGGGUCAACGAGGUUUCGUUCACGCUGUUGUUAAAGUGCAGGGACCUCCUCGGAUUUGUGGCGAAUGCUCACGUGGCGACUGUGCAUGACCAAAUAUAAUUGUUCUAAGAAUGAAAGCUUUGAUGGAGAAACCAAGCAACUUUUGUAAACCAUAAGACAAGGGAGUUUGUUUUUGACAUAGGUAAUGGGCGUUCCUUUAGGGUGUCGCACAAUCUUCUCAGUGGCCUUUAUUGGAAAAACUGCGGAAUUUUAACUCUUCACUACACUAUUUAUUUCUGCAAACUUUAGCAUUUGGUAAAACAUGGGAGAAAAUAUGCAAUUUUUGAAACACAUGGAAAUGGACUUUAUUAUUUUGGUUGUUUAGUCACUUUCUUAGAAAUAUCUAGGUGAAAUGUAAGCUUACACUAUAUAUGUGCAAACAGAGGGGACUUCAAAUGUACUAUGCCAGCUGAAAUGUUUUUGAUAUAUUCCUGUCAAAUGUGUCCUUGUGAAUUAAACAUGCUUGUUUGGUACUAUUCAACUCA